AUGACAGCUAGCUGGGACAGCGAUAUCAAAGUGGACAUCUCGUCGGCACAGGUCGAGAAUGCCGAAGAUGCUCCACCCUCGUUCUCGCCCGAGGAGGAAAAGGCGCUCGUGAGAAAGAUCGAUCUGUACUUGCUGCCUAUGAUCUGGAUCAUGUAUCUCCUUUCGUAUAUGGAUCGCACCAAUAUCGGGAAUGCGAAGAUCUCGGGCAUGGAAGAAGAUCUGAACCUCUCGUCGAAUGAAUAUUCCGUUGCAUUGGUUGUUUUCUUCGUGGGAUAUGUAGUUUUCGAGGUUCCCAGCAAUCUUCUCCUUAGUCGCUCGCGCCCAUCCCUUUUCCUCCCCGGUAUCAUGGUCGUCUGGGGUGCUCUGACCUGCGUGACGGCCGCAAUAAAAGACUACAAACACCUCGUCGUCCUACGAGCCUUGCUUGGAUGCAUCGAGGCUGGGUUCGCUCCUGGCGUGCUGCUCGUGCUAUCGAACUGGUACAAACGAACGGAGCAAUCCCGACGCUUCGGCGUGUAUAUCUCCGCUGCGAUUCUCUCCGGCGCGUUCGGCGGUCUUCUAGCGGCUGGCAUCACCCAAGGAUUGGAAGGCGCACAUGGGAUCCGUGGAUGGCGAUGGCUCUUCAUCGUCGAAGGCGCAGCGACCAUUGGCGUCGGCCUCAUCUCUAUGUUCAUCUUACUAGACUUUCCUGCUACAUCGCGCAGUCUGUCCGAGCGAGAACGAUACAUCGCGGUGGCGCGACUCGCCAGCGAGAACGUCACCGCCAUGACGGACGACAGCGAGCGAUUGACUCAUUGGGAAGCGAUCGUGAUCUCCGUCAAGGAUUGGCGGACGUGGGCAUUCGUCGUUGGAUAUAUGGCCAUCGUCGGCUCCAGCACCCUCUCCUACUUCUAUCCCACCCUGGUUCAAGGCCUCUUCAACACCUCCUCCACCCAACGAGUCAACUUCCUCACCGUCCCCAUCUACGCCGUCGCAUUCAUCUGCACCGCCAUCACAGCCUACUACAGCGACCGGAUCCCCCUCUGGCGCGGCCUCGUCAUCGCCGCCUGGCUCGCUUUCUCCCUCGCCUGCUCCGUCGCCGUCUGCCUCGUCUACAACUACACGGCUCGGUACGUCCUCCUGGUCCUCAUGGCCGCCGGCCUGUGGGCCACGAACGGCGGAUGUCUAGCCUACGCGUCGUCCGCGUUCGCGGGUCUCAGGCCCGAAGCGAGGGGCGUCAGUUUGGCGCUGGUGAAUGCGCUGGGCAAUCUGGCGCAGAUAUAUGGCUCGUAUUUGUUUCCUGAGAAGGACGAACCGAAGUAUAUUAUGGGGUUUGCGGUCAUUUCGGCGAUGUUGGGCGUCGGGGUGGUUGUGUUUGUGGCGUUGCAUGUUUGGUUGAGGAGGAUCAAGGUGGGGGGUGUAGUGUCGUAG